AUGGUUCUCGAAUCCGAAUCAUACGCUCACCAUGGCGAGUCCAUCACUCCGGCUCAAUUCUCCAGUGAUGAGACCUCCUACGCCAACAGUCCCGUGCAGAAGCCUCUGAACCCCGUUGUGGACACUCCUAUCCCUAAGCUGACUCUUCGGUCCUUGACCAUGGCCCUCUUCGUCUCCAUGGGUGGCCUACUGUUUGGUUACGAUACUGGUCAGAUCUCUGGUUUCCAAGAUAUGGACAACUACUUGGAGCGUUAUGGUCAGUACAUUGACGGAUCUUGGGCCUUUACCAAUAUCCGUUCUGGUCUGAUCGUCGCUAUGCUUUCCAUCGGUACCCUGGUUGGUGCCCUGCUUGGAGCUCCCAUCGCAGACUACCUGGGCCGCAAGUGGUCUAUCACCCUUUGGAAUAUCAUCCUUAUCAUUGGACUCGUUGUCCAGAUCUCUUCUCCAUCCGGCCACUGGUACCAGAUGGUUGUCGGCCGUACCAUUACUGGUCUCGGUAUCGGUGGUUGCUCGCUUUUGGUGCCCAUGUACAUGGGUGAGAGUGCCCCCCGUCAUGUCCGAGGUGCCAUGAUUAGUUGCUACCAGCUGUUCGUCACCCUGGGUAUUCUCCUGGCAUACUGCAUUAACCUUGGUACCAACACCCUGACCGGUACUGCCCAGUGGCGUAUCACCCUUGGUCUCACCUUCCUAUUUGCCUUGGUUCUCGGUGGCGGUAUGGCCUUUUUCCCCGAGAGCCCUCGUUUUGACUUCCGUCACGGCAAGAUCGAGAGCUGUCAGAAAACCCUGGCCAGCCUUUAUGGUAUCCCGCAAAACCAUGUCCGCAUCCUCGAGGAGAUGGAUGAGAUUCGCGAGCAACUUGAGGCCGAAACCGAGGACCAGAAGUGGCAUGAGUUCAUCACUGCCCCCCGCAUGUUCUACCGUAUUGUCCUGGGUAUGGUCCUGCAGAUGUUGCAGCAGCUUACUGGCUGCAACUACUUCUUCUAUUUCGGAACAACCAUCUUCAAGGGUGCCGGUCUCUCGAACAGCUUCGUUACCCAGGUUAUUCUCGGAGCUGUAAAUUUCGUCACAACAAUUGGAUCUAUCCUCUUGGCCGAUCGCUUGGGUCGCCGCAAAGCACUCAUCUUCGGUGCUGCGUGGAUGUUUGUCUUGUUUAUGAUUUUUGCCUCCAUCGGUCAUUUCAUGCUGGACGUUGACCACCCGGAGGAAACUCCCGAGGUUGGAAAGGGUAUGAUCGUGCUCGCCUGUUUCUAUAUUGCCGGUUAUGCUAUGACCUGGGGUCCAAUGGUCUGGGCCAUUGUUGCUGAGCUCUUCCCGUCCAAGUACCGUGCCAAGGGUAUGGCUCUCGCUACCGCUUCCAAUUGGCUCUGGAACUUCCUCAUCGGUUUCUUCACUGUGUUCAUUGCAGACGAUAUUGACUUUGCCUAUGGUUACGUCUUUGCCGGCUGUAUGUUCGUUGCCACUUUUGUCAUCUUCUUCUUCGUUAUUGAAGGCAAGGGUCGCACUCUGGAGGAGCUUGACUACAUGUAUGUCCAGAAGGUUAAGCCCUGGAAGAGCAGCAGCUUUGUGGUCCCCAACCAUCUCCAGUGGGAGGACGAUUCUCCUUCUGGCAAGAAGGCGGAGCAGGAACCUACCCAUGCUGAGAACGCAUAG